CGGCUGUCACGUGACCCGCGUCGGCGGGUGCCGGAAGCGCGAGAGGAGUUCCGGGGAGCGGCGCGCCGGGAGUUCGGAGAGUGAGAGAGAGUCGGGACCCUUGCCUUGCCUACGCUCUAAUGGCCCACAUCACCAUAAACCAGUAUUUGCAGCAAGUACAAGAAGCCAUUGACAGCAGAGAUGGACAAUUUUGUGCAGAAUUAGUAUCAUUUAAACAUCCACAUGUAGCAAAUCCAAGACUACAGCUUCCAUCUCCAGAGGAAAAGUGUCAACAAGUUUUGGAGCCACCAUAUGAUGAAAUGUUUGCAGCCCACUUAAGGUGUACUUAUGCUGUUGGAAACCAUGACUUUAUAGAAGCCUACAAAUGCCAGACAGUUAUUGUCCAAUCUUUCCUGCGGGCAUUUCAGGCACAUAAAGAAGAAAAUUGGGCCUUACCUAUUAUGUAUGCUGUAGCCCUUGAUCUUCGAAUUUUUGCUAAUAAUGCAGAUCAACAGCUUGUGAAGAAAGGGAAAAGCAAGGUUGGCGACAUGUUGGAAAAAGCAGCAGAACUACUGAUGAGCUGUUUUCGAGUCUGUGCCAGUGACACUCGAGCAGGCAUUGAAGACUCCAAAAAGUGGGGCAUGUUGUUUCUUGUGAAUCAGCUGUUUAAAAUUUAUUUUAAGAUCAACAAACUCCAUCUGUGUAAGCCCUUAAUUAGAGCAAUUGACAGCUCAAAUCUGAAGGACGAAUAUAGUAUGGCACAGCGAGUUACAUACAAAUAUUAUGUUGGACGCAAAGCCAUGUUUGACAGUGACUUUAAGCAAGCUGAAGAGUACCUGUCAUUUGCCUUUGAGCACUGUCACCGAUCAAGCCAGAAGAAUAAAAGAAUGAUUUUGAUCUACCUGCUGCCAGUAAAAAUGUUGUUGGGCCAUAUGCCAACAGUUCAGCUCUUAAAAAAGUAUGACCUUAUGCAGUUUGCUGAAGUAACAAAGUCUGUGAGUGAAGGCAAUCUUCUCCUACUAAAUGAUGCUUUGACAAAGCAUGAGACCUUCUUCAUUCGAUGUGGAAUCUUUCUUAUCCUUGAGAAGCUGAAAAUCAUCACAUACAGAAAUCUCUUUAAGAAAGUAUAUUUACUACUCAAAACCCAUCAGCUAUCUCUAGAUGCCUUUCUGAUUGCCCUGAAGUUCAUGCAAGUAGAGGAUGUUGAUAUUGAUGAAGUCCAGUGCAUUUUAGCUAACCUUAUAUAUAUGGGUCACAUUAAGGGCUACAUAUCCCACCAGCAUCAGAAGCUUGUGGUCAGUAAGCAGAACCCAUUUCCUCCACUGUCAACAGUGUGUUGAGUAUUGCAUCUUAUCCAUGCAAGUACUUGCUGGGUACUCAAGCUUGCCCAGUGGAACUGCUCCUAAUCACACCAAGGACACUGUAAAUUGCCUGGGUCGUGUCCAGGACUGGAAUACCAGGAACUGUUUGUGGCUCCUUUCCCAGAGUGACCAAGGCUGCCAGUGUUACAAAGUGCGUUGGAAUGAAAUGCUGACUUUUAAAUCGUAAUUUCCACAGGCUUUCUAGAUAAUUCAAAGUAUUUCGUCAAGAAAUAAAGCAAAGCAUUCCGAAUUCCUCACAAAUUACUUAAAAGCUUUUAUAAAGUACUUUGUGUUACUAUUUUUGCAUUUAUCUUUCAGGGAGAAGUGUCAGCCUUUGUUACUUGUGUUAAGCCAUUCUUUGGAAUGGAAAUAAUGUUUUCAUACAUGGUUUCCCUUUUUUUUUUAAGUAUCUUGGAUAAUCUUGCUGGUAUUAAAUAUUCUCUUCAAGCU